AUGAACAUUCCUUCUCUACGGAAUGGACUUGGAUGGAGCUGUUUGGUUGAAGACCAACGAUUCAGCUUUUGUCCUGAAGCAGUCAGGAUGUUCUAUGUGAGUAUCAAACAGGGGUUGGGUCCUGAACCUUCGUUUUUCACUACCGUGGUUUUCAACCACAAAAUCAAGGUGACACCUGAUUUGCUUGCGUAUGUCCUUUCGCUGUCUCAUUUUGAACAUCAAGCUGGGUUCGAUGGGGAGUUUCACGACCUGGGGUUUGAUUCCACUGCCUCACUGUCUCAGCUUACCUUUGAUACCAGCCGGUACUUUCCUCUCCAUCUGGCUGCUGGACUUCUGCCGGAUGAUCUGAAAGUGUUUCAUUGGUUCAUCACUCGAUGUUGGCUUCCUCGUGAUUUACGUAGCUUGGACGUUCUCCACCAUACCGAUCUCUUGAUUAUUUCCAAUGCUCGAGCUUGUCAACCCAUCAGCUACGCCUCCUUAGUCUUUAUGCACAUGCUCCACUUUGACGAUGGUAACUAUAAUGGGAAUCUUCCUUUUGGGCCUCUCGUCACUCAUCUUUUGAAUCGAUUAAGAGCCUUCUCCAAAGUCUUUGAUCCUAUGUCCUCACAUUCUGGGUCUGAAGAUGAUAUCUCAGACUAUGAAUCUCCUCCUAAGUACCCCUUCUAA